UUAAUAUACAUUUGUUAUCAAAAUUACAGGUACCCAGAACUAUGACAUUUCAGUAGUCGGAAACAAACGAGCUCAAAAGGAACUUUCCUCCGUUCAUUCGUUAUUUAAGUGGGCAAUACUGGUUUAUUUUCUUAGAGCACGGCCAAAGACAAGGGUGGAGUUCCAUUGAAGAAGUAAACUUCAAGUGAGAUCGAGCACACAAUACCUUCGCAUAAUGGCAAGCUUGCAUCCAAGGGGCGGUGCGUCAAGAAGAGAAAAACCAAGAGGUCGUUAUCAUGGCUUAAGUGAACAAAAGAGGAAAGAAAUCAAGGAGGCAUUUGAGCUAUUUGACACUGAUGGAUCAGGAACGAUUGAUGCUGGUGAGCUAACUGUUGCCAUGAGGGCCCUGGGGUUCGAGAUGACUGAUGAGCAAAUCAAGCAGAUGAUUGCAGAUGUUGACAAAGAUGGGAGUGGUGCUAUUGACUUUGAUGAAUUCGUGCACAUGAUGACAGCUAAAAUGGGAGAGAGGGACACCAAGGAAGAGCUCAUGAAGGCUUUCAGCAUCAUUGAUCAAGAUAAGAAUGGCAAGAUAUCUGUGCUGGACAUUCAACGGUGUGCAAAGGAGUUGGGUGAGAAGUUCACCGUUGCUGAGAUUCAAGAGAUGAUUGAAGAGGCUGACCGAAAUGGCGAUGGGGAAGUUGAUACAGAUGAAUUUGUCAGGAUGAUGAGAAGAACAAACUACGCCUAUUGAAGAAAACUAUGGGAUAGUAUUAGUCGUAUAAUUUGUGUUUGUUUUAUCCAUCAUCCGAGGAUUAGCUUCUAACUUCUGAUUAUUUAACUGUCCAUGAUGGGACUUCCAAAUCUGAAAAUUACCUACUUGGAGGAUCUAUAGAUAUUUAUGUUGAGGUCUCAAGUAUGUUCCUAGAAAGACGAAAGGAUGAUGUAUAUAGGCAGCAUCAUCUAUGUAUGAAGGGGCUUGGGUGGAUAUGUAUAUCUCAACAAAGUUAUAUUAAGAAUGUGUACUCUGAUAGUACUUAUUAGAUGGGCAUGUUGUGACAUGGAAAUUUGCCUACUAAAGUCAAUUAUAGUUGUGGAGGGA